AUGUCCCGCAGCAACCGCUGGAGACGGCCAAAACAAGAUACUAAAACAAGAGGCGCAAAAGCCGCGCAUAAGAUGAAAGUAGAAGUUGAGGAGAAGACGGACUAUAGUGCGUGGAGUCAGGAGAAGUUGGUUGAGCGAGUUACGCAGUUGGAGCAGGAGUUGAAGAAUAAGAAUCAAAGGUUUGCAAUCUCUAAUAUCUGCUUUAAUAUAACCACGACCCCACCACCACCACCGGAAAAGAAGUCCUGGAAAAAGCCUCGUAACGAACGGGUCUUUGACCCCUCGAAAUACAACACUCGUAUGGUAGCAUUCAAGCUCGCAUAUCUAGGGAAGAACUACAACGGCUUUGAGUGGAGUUCGGGCCAGACUACUCGACGCACUACUAUUGAAGAAGAGUUAUGGCAGGCGCUGAAUAAAACCAGGCUUAUUUUUCCGAAAGACACUCAUCCGUUGGAUCCUGGGGAGGUCAAUUGGGAGGGCACGGAGUAUAGUAAGUGUGGGAGGACGGAUAAGGGUGUUAGUGCUUUUGGGCAAGUUAUCGGGAUAAGGGUGAGGAGUAAUAGGCCUUUGGGGAAGAGGAGGGGGAGUGGGAAAGGUGUUGAGGUUUUGAAGGAGGCGGGAGGGGAUGUCCUAGGGGAGAACAAGGGUCAGGAAGAGGAGGAUAUGUUCCAUACGCUACCAAGGGAGGAUGGAAUAGAGAUAUCCGCGCCGCCUCUUGCUCCUUCGGAAAAGAAGUAUGGAUAUGAGCCGCAAAAUGAUUCUCUUCACGAUCCGGAUUUCACAGAAUGUCUCAACUUCGAUCCCAUAAAGGACGAAUUACCGUAUUGCGCGCUUUUAAACCGACUUUUACCACCAGAUAUACGGAUCCUCGCCUGGUGUCCAUUCCCGCCAGCCGAUUUCUCAGCACGAUUCUUGUGUAAGGAGAGACAGUACAAGUACUUUUUCACAAAUCCAUGCUUUGCCCCUAUGCCAGACAACUUGGAGCCGGACGGCUCAAACAAAGCGCAAGGGAAGAUGAAAGAUGGCUGGCUAGAUAUCGAAGCUAUGAAGCAAGCGGCAAAGCUCUUUGAAGGCCUUCAUGAUUUCCGGAAUUUCUGCAAAGUGGAUCCAGGAAAGCAGAUUUCGAAUUUUGAUCGGAGGAUAUUCCACGCUGAUAUCGCUGAAGAAACUGAUAGGAUAUCAGGAGCUGAGUAUGUACGCGACGCUAGCUUCUACCCUGAAGAAAAAGCACCAGGGCAGUAUUCCACCGGUCCACGCGUCUACGCCUUCAACCUCCACGGCUCGGCGUUUCUAUGGCACCAAGUUCGACAUAUGGUCGCUAUACUGUUUCUCGUAGGCCAAGGUCUCGAACCACCAUCCAUCGUCUCGGAUCUCCUCGACGUGAAGAAGAAUCCUCGACGACCUAUAUACGAAAUGGCAUCCGACACGCCGCUCGUCCUCUGGAACUGCAUUUUCCCGCACGAAGACGACCCGCUGCGUAAAGACGCCAUGCAAUGGAAUUAUAUUGGCGAUGAGCCGGGGAAUGGGGAUGCUAAAUACGGGACUGAUGGUCUUAUGGACAAUCUGUGGAAAGUGUGGCGGGGUAGGAAGGUUGAUGAGAUGCUUGCUGCGGCGCUGAUGUCCGAAAUUCACUAUAAGAAUGGAGCAACGGUCGAGGAACUGAUUCCCGGUAGGAGUAAGCUGGGGAGGAGCCAGAAGGUGUUUGAUGGUGGUGAUGAGCCGCGGUUGCACGGGAAAUAUGUACCUGUUAUGAAGAAGAUGUUGCUGGAAGAUGUGGAUACUAUUAACAACAAGUACGCCGUCCGAAAGGGGUUCAAAGAUGCAGCGGAUAUGAAGGAGCAGGGCUAUAAAAAGAGGCUUUAUUUGGCGAGGAAAGGGGAGGUUGAUGCGUCGGUAGAUUAG